AUGACUCGAGCCCAACAAACUGUUUCAAUUGGACUUCUCGUCACUUCUCUCUACCUCGCUCUCUACCUCCAACUCAUUCCACUUCCAACCUUGAUCUCGGAGGAGAUAAUACCAGUUUUGCCAUUCUGGGCUCUCGUAUCCUUCGGUGCCUACCUCCUAUUCAAGCUUGGAUACGGCGUCUUCACAUUCAACGAUGUCCCCCAGGCGCAUGCAGAACUCAUGAAGGAGAUUGACAUUGCGAGAGCGGACUUGAGAACUAAGGGCGUGGAUGUUGACUAA